AGAAAACCAAAAAAAAAAGGUGCCCUCAAACUCAAUCGUCCUGCUGAACGAAAAGAGCCAGCCGCCAUAUAUGCUAAUCGUCUUCAUUCCGAGUCCAAAACGGACAUUAAUCUUGUUGACCCUUCACUUUUCUUCUUGCUCCUCCUAAUUCUAAGUUUUCAAAAAACAUACCAAUGCCUAAAAGUAAAAAGAGUUUGUCUAAGAGUUUGGCUAAUCUUUAGUUUUCAAAAAACAUACCAAUAUAUUUUUACGAAGGAUGGUCUCUGUGUCCGUUAUGUCCGCCCAUUCCUCCUGUCUACUUGUACUCGCAGCUGUAACGUUCUUCGUGGUGAGUGGAGAAGCUGCUGUACAACUAGAGCGUGAUGAAACUUCUAACGGAGGUGGACUGAGUCAACAAGAACGAGCACCUUUCAUCCACGACUUGGUUUUUGUUGGCGGAUCUGUAAUUCGCGGUUUCGGAGUGUCAGAGCUGCCGUCUAGUACUAGUCGUUCCUCUGCAGCGUCUUCUGGCGUUUUUUUCACGAAGGAUGGUGGGGAGUCCUGGAUAGAUGUAGAGGAGAUUCUGCCACGAACAACAAGUCAUGGACAAGAAGACGUAGCAUUGGACAAGGGAUCUGCGGAAGAUCGAGGAGGUAGCGGUCCUCAUUCUCCUUUAUCGUUUAUUCAAUAUGGCAGCCUUAACGCGUUAUUUUAGCAACACGUUAUAUGACAGAAUAUUAGUCGAGAAGUACUAGAAUCCAACCAGCAUGCAUCUAUAGCGCGUUGCUAAAAUAACGCGUUAAUCCUGUCAUAUUCAAGAAGAAAAGAAUAUUGCAGGAGGAACAUCAAGCAACGUGAACGUGCCACUCGAGCAAGAUGCGAGUACGAAAGCGAUGCUUGAAGAGUUUCGUUUGUUGAAUGGCAUCUCCAGCACUUCAACAACUACUUCUGGUCGUAGAGAUACUGGCACAUCUUCCUCGUCAAGCAGGUUUCCUUCAGCUGCAACUUCAUCUGCGAUAAAAGAACCAUCAUCUUCACAGUUUCCAUCUGCGUCUACUACCACAACAUCUGCAAGAGUAGAACAACAACAUCACUUGCUCAAGAAAAUUGCAGACCCUCUCUUUGAUCUAAACUAUGGUAGUGGAUUGCAUCGGCUGCUUCAUAGGAAAAAUAGAGAUCAACAUGGCGCUCAUGCUCAAGUGCGACAACAAAAGAAGUCUACUUUUUUAUCUAGAAGAGGUACAGGAAGAGGAGCAGGUGGAGGAACAGGGACAGGAGGAACCGAAGCCGACUCCUCAUCAAGAAGAAUAGCAACAGUAGAGAACAAAGUAGAAGGACUACUACACCUCGAUCUCCAUGAACAAGGAGAAUCGAAUUCCAACACGAGCCCCCGCGUAGAGAACAAGAAGCAGAAGAAAUGCGAACCUUCGGUCGCUGUAAGUACUGUCAACUCUGACCACGUAGCACUAAUCACAGCGCGAUGCGGCGACGGGGUGUGGCUAAGCAAUGACGCUGGACGGUCGUGGAGUCACAUUUUAGACGGUGAAUCAACAGGGGAAGAUGCAGUUAUUGGAAUCGAUUCAGUCUUGGCGUCGCAGGACAGCAACAAGAUGCUGAAUAACACAUUCAGAAUUCUGAAUAACACAUUCAGAAUGCCGCAUAUCAAACGAGUGGAAUGGCAUCCGAAGAUUUCGGGAAGACUACUACUCUUGCGAGAAGAUGGCGCCUUGUAUAGAGUCGUAUCCUUGGAGAAAUCUACCUCAAGGUCAACAAACAAUAAGACUAAUACUGUACUACUACCUGCUGCUGGCUCCCACAACAUGAUCAAGAACAUCAAGAAUACUACAACGACCAAGAAGAUAUCAAAAGUUCUAGUUAAUACCACAUCUACGAACCUUGCUGAUGACUACAUCUUCUUCGAGAAGCUAUUGCUCUUUUUACAUGGUCGUGCGAACAUAGAAAGAGAAAGAGGACGCAAUCAGUUCUAUGGGUUUCAACUUGUGGAUUUAGAUGUCGUAGAUUUUACGUGGGGAGCUAUUAUUGAUGACGCAGCACACGACGAUGAAGAUGAUUCGCUCAACGUAAACAGCUUGUACAUCGUGAAGAAACAUCUUCGAGAUCUUCGAGGCGACACAUUGGCGUCAGCUUCUUCAUGGAUCAUUAGUACCCCGUAUCAAGAACUCACUAGUACACCAGCUCCAGCGACAUCUUGGUGGUCGUCCUACUUCAAGGACUUCUCGCUCUUCGGAAGUAGUAAAGUUGGAGCUAGUAAAGUAUCUACUUUCGGAGGUAGUAAAGUUCCAUCAAGUAAAGUAUCUGAAGUAGAACCUUCACGACCGAGAACUAGUACAACUCUGGUGGCAACGACAACUUCACCACUUGAUGAAGAUCAACACCUCGAAGAAGCCCUUGCUGCAGUAAGUAGGCGCCUUCAGCAGAUGCAAAAGGAACUCCAACGCCGCAUAGCGAAGCGUCGAAGAGAAAUGAAGCGACAAGAGCAUAGGAUCGCAGAGGCUGCUCAGGAACGAUUGAUAGAGAUAGAAAGAGAAAAACAACAAUCACAAGUAGAGCAAAAACUUCUUGUUGAAAAGACCAACAUGAUGAUGAACCCCGACCCAGUCCUGCUAGAAUCUCCAGAAAAUGGGCGCGACAAUAAACAAGUCGUGGUGGAGCAGCUUGAGACGGUAUCAUUCUCACAAAAUUGGCAUCAGGACAUGGACACUCCACACCAUGUUGCGUUUGCGACCAAAGAAAAAACGAUGUUUGACCGGUGGCUCGCAUCAUGGAAACCUUGGCUCUUUUCGCUCGUAGAAGAUCCAUCUACUAGUCCUUUGCCAAUCGCAAGGGAGGAUGAUAGUCGUACCGAGAACGACUACAUCGAUGAUGUUGGAAAUGAUGCCGUUCUUGUUGAACAUGGUGAUGCAGAUGUUGAUGAAGGAGAAGGACCACCACAAGAUGAACACCGGGGACCACCACAAGGCCACGCCUCUCAACAAUUCUUCUUUGGAGAAGGUUUUGAACUCUACCGCAUCGACAAUUUCGUGACCUCACAUCGCAUAGUAGGUCGUGGUGCGGGAAUCUAUGCAGCGGCCAAAGUGAUCUUCAAACCUGGUUUGCUAUUGGUGGUUGGGUUGCGAGGCGACAAUAAAGGAUGGAUAACGGCGGGGAAUACGAAGACAUCAGAUGAAGGUCUUGCAGUAGAUGCAGAUGGAGAACAAGAAAUAGUUGUAACGGACGCAGGAACAAACAGAGCAGUAGUAGUAGACGACGACAUCCAGAUGUCGAGCCAACCAUCAUCAAGACCACCACAACAGAAUCCAUCAAAAUACUACUUGCAGAAAAAUGGAGGAGACGGCUUUUCUUCUCCUCCUUCAUCAUCGGACGAGGAAGAAGACCGCCAGAUCUGGAUACGUCAGGGUUUAGAACUUUUUUGCCUGGAUCACGAGAGGAAAGAGUACUCCCACUCGCCACUUCCAGCAGUGCAACAUUCAGCUAAAAUAUGGCGUCGGAUCGAAGAACCAGGGAAUGCAUCACAACGCGAACCAGCCAGUAGAACAACAAAUUUCGGACAUUCACUACAACAAUCGUCAGCGAACGUCCACGUCCUUGCUGUUCAUCCCAGUUUUGUGCAUUUAGCCGUUCCCUCUAGUAGUAGUACCACUUCAACUUCUUCAACUUUUGAUGUAUACGAGAUCGUGGAGAAAAAAUCGAUGCGCUUGGUUUUCCAAGGUCUCAUAGAGUCUCCCGAAGCGGCAAAUGGAAAUGCUGGGUUAGCGUGGUUCCCUCUAGGACCUGGCGUUCCGGGAGGUUUUGUGGCUACGCGGAUGGAGCGGGGGAGAGCUGGGGACGAGGUAAGAUGCUAAAAGCCUACUUGUUUCAUGAUUGUUGUAGCUUGUUCAUGAUCAUCAGGUCGCAACACUAAAAACGCUCAAAAAAUAAUUAUAGUCAUCCUCCUCGUCCUCACUCAGGGAACUUCUCUAAUUUACAUACAUCCUCCUCCUCGUCCUCACUCAGGGAACUUCUCUAAUUUACAUACAUCCUCCUCAUCGUCCUCACUCAGGGAACUUCUCUAAUUUACAUACAUCCUCCUCGUCGUCCUCACUCAGGGCCUCCCAUCUGCGCCACGUCUGUCUUCUUGGGUCUCCUUCGAUCAAGGCCAAAUAUGGGAAAAAGUCCAAGCUAGUGGUUGCGAUGAUGAAGAUGGAGGUUUUAUCACCAUCAAGUCGGCAGCAAACGCUCCAGGCUUCCUAG